AUCAAAGAGGAGGCACCAUUGAGAUUAUGGACUUGUCUGGCCAUGUCGUUAAGCGGAUAGCCACAAUCAUUUGACUUUGGACUGGUUGGCUCCACGGGAGAGUACAAGGCUAUACGCUGUGUCAGCAUCGACAAUUCCGAUAGCGAGUCGAGCCCGAUGCUCUGUGAGGUCAUCACCCUUGAUGAUGGUCGCCAUGCAAGAUGGAGGGGCAAACAGGGCCCUCCGGCCCCUAUCGCAAGUAACCGUGACAAAAGUGUCGCUGUCAAAGGAGUUGUCUACUUCUUGCUGGAAUUUCGACGUCCCACAUUUUCUGGCGACCAUGUCGAACCGGGUAGCAUGGCUUUGUUCAACCUUGAGACAGAGGAGUGGAUGGGGAUUGUCAAAGGUCCAAUGCCAGUGCGCAGCUUUGUUGAGGACAGUGAUGGCAGGUCCAGUUACGUUAGUCUAGCCAUGGGGCUAUCGCUGGUAUGUUUGGAUGGGUUCUUAGUUAUGGCACAUGAUCCUGAAUAUUAUUGCCCUUGGGACUUGUGGUUUUUGAUGGAUAUUGAGAAAUGUCUCUGGAAUAAAAGGUACAGCAUAGAUCGCCAACGUGAAAAUCUCUUUGCUCAACCAGUGGACAUUCUAAAUGAUGGGAGGAUAGUCAUCUCUGCACCAGGAUUGCUAAGAUUGUAUAAUCCAGUUACCAAGACUUACACCGAUUGUGGGAUGAGGAAAUCCUCAUCUGUUGGUACUUACACUGGAAGUCUAUUGUCUUCAGAGAGCACGUUCACUUCUGAGGUAUCAUAUAAUGGUUAUUAG